UAUUUGAAAUUAAACAGGCCAGACUCGCAGCGGCUGAGGAGAGCAGCGUCAUCCUCUUUAGGAACAAAAGUGUACAUUUUAAUGAUUUUUCUCAGUUAAAUACCACACACGGCUGGUUUAGCGAAUGGUAACAGGUUAUUAACACGGCGAGGGGGAAAUCAUCGCGUUUCUGUCGGAUUUGAGGAGGAUUUUUCGCGUGGAAUCGGCUGAAGGAGAUUAUGGAAACCGCUGCAAGAACCAAAUCAAGCAAAGACCUGAAGAUCCAGCGAACUGAUAAUGAGAAGGUUUCUGCUGGCGGACCCAAGAGAGUUCCGGUGACCCAGAGCGGUCAGAAGCCUGUGGUGACACGUGUUCUCAGCACGACUCCGGGGCCACAGCGCGUCCCGCGCCCCGCAAAUCAGCAGAAACCCCUCGGACUCCCGGUUUCUGUGAAGACCAUGUGUCCAGGCGAUCAGAACAUCAAUCCAGAUCAACUCAAAACAGCCACACAGACCAAACAGCAGGACAAACUUCAGCAAACUCCUUCCACUGGAACAUCCAAUACUGCCAAGAAAGCAUGGAGUUUAGAGAAUUUCGACAUCGGCCGAGCUCUGGGCAAAGGCAAGUUUGGAAGUGUAUAUCUGGCCAGGGAACGUCAGACCAAGUUCAUCCUGGCGCUCAAAGUUCUGUUCAAAAAGCAGCUGGAGAAAGCUGGAGUGGAGCAUCAGCUGCGGAGGGAGGUGGAGAUACAGUCACAUCUCAGACAUCCCAAUAUCCUGCGUCUUUAUGGUUACUUCCACGACACGGCGCGCGUCUAUCUCAUCCUGGAGUUCGCUCCUAAAGGAGAGCUGUAUGGCGAGCUCCAGCGCUGUGGGACCUUUGAUGACCAGCGAAGUGCCACGUAUAUAAUGGAGCUUGCAGAUGCGCUGAACUACUGUCACUCCAAGAACGUGAUUCAUAGAGACAUUAAACCUGAAAAUCUGCUUCUGGGGUCCAAUGGUGAACUGAAGAUCGCAGACUUUGGCUGGUCUGUCCACACACCCUCCUCCAGGAGGUCGACGCUGUGUGGCACACUGGACUACCUUCCUCCAGAGAUGAUUGAGGGCAAAACGCACGAUGAGAAGGUGGAUCUGUGGAGUCUUGGAGUGCUCUGCUAUGAGUUUCUGGUUGGCCGUCCACCUUUUGAAACGAAGAGCCAUGAAGAGACGUACCGCAAGAUUUCUAGAGUUGAGUUUACGUACCCUGCUCAUGUGAGCGAGGGCAGCAGAGACCUGAUCAACCGAUUGCUCAAACACAACCCCAUGCACCGUCUCCCUAUCCAGGGUGUCAUGGUGCACCCGUGGGUGCUGGAGAACUCCUCUAAGAAACCAACCACGCAGACUGCAGCCGACAACUAGGACCCAGUCCGUUCUUCAGACCUGAACUUGCGGAACAAAACAGACUGUGUCAGUAACUCCUCUUACUGAUCUCUUCUGCCACUCUUGGGCAUGACUCGAUGCUUUGUAUGUCGUUUUUACGUGUUGUGGUGUUCACAUGCUACAAUUUACAUGCAUUUGUAAAUAUGUAAUUAAGCCACAUUGUAAAGAUUUAACCAUUGAUUGAAACAAUAAAUAUUCUUUUAAUAUUACUUGGAAGGAUCUCAAAUAGAACUUUUAAUGUAUUUCAAUUUUGUGCAUGGGAAUAAAUUCCUU